AUGAGGCUCCUUACACAUUCCGUUGUGGUCUGUACGGCACGGGGCGCACAAGAUCAGUCUCCCCGAGCGAUGACGAUGUCCUCCUUCACCUCCCUGUCCCUCCGACCGACCCCUGUCGUGACCUUCAACAUCGCUACACCGAGCAGGACGCUUGACGCCCUCGAUGAGACUAAGGAGUUCAACAUCCACGUGCUGGCGGGUGAUGCAUCUGGUGCCAAGGUUGCGGACUGGUUCAGGAGGGGGAACGCUCAGCCGUUGCAUGUCUUUGACCACUUGGACGCUUGCGAUUGCAAGCUUGACGAGGCUCAGGGGUCUACACAGUAUCCGAGCUCGGUUGCCCCGUUACUGCGCGGCCCUGGCAUCAUGUAUGUGCUACGCUGCAAGCUCCUAGAGGAGCCGCUUGGGGGCGUGGUCAAAGUCAAGGAUCAUGUCAUUGUUCUCGGCGAGGUGCUCGAGAUUCUCGAAGGACAGACGACAGAUGAGCAAAACCAGGAGCGAUUUUCUUUGAUGUACGCAGACCGAAGGUAUAGACAAUUGGGAGAUGUGAUGACCCCCAAGGCAUAG